AUGGAACGUUUUAUGAGUUUGUACGAGAAACCUUUGCUGGAUAGAAAUAUGAACGAGUUCUUUUAUGAAUUAUUGGAUGAGAAUCUUGUAGCGGAAACAAGUUUUUUGAAUAGUCUUGAUAGACUAACAGUAGAUAUGUUAUGUGUUCUUUGUAAGGCGGAAAUGCUGCCUAGUGUGGAAACUAAGAAAUUAGGUAAAGCAAGUGAACAUGCUAGUUAUGUUGAAGUUAGGUUGGGAGCAGUGGUUCAUAUAAAAAAAAAAGAUAUUUGA